UUUCCCUUCUCUCACUCACACCAUUCAGCUUUAAGAAUAAGUCGUGCACGGCAGUUUCUGUCUUUCUCAGUGUCAUGGGAAUUAAACCGGGAGCUCGUGCUUUGUGCUGACUCACCCGCAGGUGAUGGGUGCAGCCAAUCAACCAGCAGGACUUACUGUAACACCUACGACUAAAAGGCCAACUCACUCCGCAAACAGGAUGAUACAAUCUCAUGACUGUAGGUGGGAUGACUUCAGAUGUAAACUAAGAAAUACCUGGAUCUCUUAACAAUCUUAUACUUUGACCUCACCUGGCUUAUCACUUAGGGGAAGAAGACUUUCAUCAGCCAGACACAAAAAGAGCUCUCUGCAAGGAUUAUCUAAAACACUCACUGAAGCAGAGAACGGUAGGAAAUGGUACAUAAAUACUUUCUUUAGAAUUUCUUCUACGAUGAGGAAAAGACUGUUUCAGCUCACAUUGUUUCUGUGUCUCAAGGCUGUUCAAUGAGAUCUUCUCUGUAACAGCUGACAAGCCCCGUCAUGUCAAAGGAAGCUUUGUGAGAGUGUGCAGGUACACACAGCCUAGCUUCCUGACAGAGACGGGUGUGCGUGUGUGUGGGAUUCAAUUAUCCUUGAUUUUCCCAGCAGGACAGAUGGAGUUAUGCUUUUAAUUAUCAAAACUUCCUAACAAAUUGAACAAAGAAGAAAGAGACUACAAAGACUUUUGAGGAUUCAUUAAAAACAAAAAAGAAUAAACUGAAACAUUUAAGCAAAUCUCAACCAGAUCUGCUAGGAUGCCACUCCGAGCAUCGCUGCACAGAAAGCCAGCCUCUGGUCGCUGGUCCAGCAGGAAUUCCAAGAGGAAGGAGGUUCUGUCUGUCAAUAUGAUCAGCCUACCGCUUGCCGAUUUCCGCCACAUCACGCAUAUUGGAAACAAUGCCGACAGCUUUGGAGAUCUGUCUUUUCUAAAGAGUCACAACCUGCUUUUACAAAGUUCCCAAAGUGAGCAGAAUGUCUUUCUGGCCUGCUCACCGCCUCCAAAGCCACCUCGUCUGAAUCUGGACGAGACUGAGGGUAAAAAGACCCCUGACUUGUCUGUGGACCACCAGCACAAUAACUCCCAGAAAAGAAAGAAAUGCAGUUCUCUGCCCCUGCUGGACAGCGAGAAAGGAAAUGUAGAUGCUGAAAAAGAGGAUGGCUGCCAAACAGGGAAUAAUACUUCUUCCAAUCAGACUCAUAGCUCCAGAUGGGGCAGCACAGGUUCAGAUGGGGAUGAAGACUUUACAGAGACCUGUGACAAAACUACGGGACAACAAAAGGAUGAGGACAGUGGCUUUUCAUUCAACCUAGACCUGGGCCCUUCGAUCCUUGACGAUGUCCUUCAGGUGAUGGACAAACUGCAAAAAUAAACCAGAGAUUAGCCAAACGUCUCAGAGAGGCUUUACUAAAGGUUUGGAAUAUAGAGAGCAAUAAGAGCCUCCUCUUGUCCAGAAUCCUGUUUGGAGACGAAAUCAUCACAUUUGGAUAUAGUUUUGUUAAUUAUGUUCAGAUAAAUCUAAAGAUAUCUGCUUUUUUGGAUUGCAGAAUCCCAAACAAUGAAUAAUAAACCAAAGAUGAACACUGUACACUUUUUAAAAGGCACAGGAUAUGCUCCUAGAGCACUGUGAUCCACAGCGUUUACUAAAAAGUAAGCGUGAUUCUGUUUGAAAAGGGGGCACAUAAACAAAGUUAAUGUUCUCCAAGCAAUCAUCCUUUGCAGAUCCAGUGUUUAAGUUAAUAAUUAAACUUUGUCUCAUGUUAAACUAAGAGCUUGACAUUUUCACCCUUUUCACAUUUCCCCUUAGCUAUUUUAAUUCUUCAAACCACACAUCACGGCACUGACAACGGCUGUUAAGACUUAAGAUUGUUGUGUUUAAGAAAAGAAACGCAACGACUGGAAUCCAAGGUCCUUGGAGCUGCGAUGCCUUGGCGUGCUUGCCAGUCUGUUGUGUGCAGAGGGCAAAUUUUACUCCGCACGCAUCUGAGAGGCCCCACUCAAAGGUAGACCAAGGUACCCCCCAUCUCUCAUUCCCAACAAGGCAGUGAAAACAAACACUUAGCCCUGCUUCCAAUAAAAGCCAGCCAGUGGUGGCAGUUUGGGCUACAGACCAAGCCAGGCCACAGGUCCAAGACCUCAGAAGAAAAAUGGAGAAAAAAAAAAAGUCAAAG